AUGUGCCAAGUUUACCCCGCAAGAACAUGUCCAGAAGAUGGUCGCGAUCAAUGGCCCUCACGAACAGCCUACCUCCUCGCCUCGUGCGGUGGCGCAGUUGGAAUGGGAAACAUGCUGCGGUAUCCAUCUCAAGUCUACAACAACAACGGCCUGCAAUGGUUCGUGCCAUACCUAAUGGCCGUCUUCCUCCUCGCCAUUCCCGCCAUGGCCCUUGAAAUUGCCGCAGGGAAUGCUUAUCGCGGCGGGACCGUGGUGGCGUACGACUCAGUUAGUCGACGGAUGAAAGGAAUCGGCUUUUCACUGAAUUACGUCGGUUUCGUCGUCGUCAUCUACUUCGUGCCGAUUCUGGCUUGGGCUAUGAUUUACUUCCAGAAGUCUUUUACAAACAACUUGCCUUGGGCGGGUGAUACGGAAAAUUGGUUCAUGUAUGAGGCUGUUGGUGCCGUUGACCCUGAUACGUCUGGUCGGUGGGUUGUAUAUCCCGGUGUCGCACUCAACGGUCGCCUUGUCGGCUGGAACGCUUUUACCUGGCUCACAGUCUGGCUCUGCAUGUUUCGAGGAGUCGGCCUUACCGGACGCGUCGUCUACUUCACUAUGGGCCUGCCGGUCAUAAUGGGUAUCAUCCUCAUCGGACGUGGUGUAUCACUACCCAACGCCAGCGAGGGUAUCAAACUCUACUUUGCUAGUUGGCAUAGCUCAAAACUUGCUGGGACCAGAAUUUGGCGUGAUGCUGUCGGUCAAGUCUUCUUUUCGACGGGAGUCGGGUUCGGAUACUACACAGCAUACGCCUCGUAUAACCGCAAAUUCGCCAACGCAGCUCAAGAUGCAGUCAUUAUUGUCCUGUUCAACUCUGCUUUCGAGGCCCUGGUUGCUUUCGCUGUUUUCGGUAUCGUUGGGUAUCUCGGCAUGCGUCCUGAAGAGACUGGCGAGAUUGGAAGCUAUGGGCUCGGCUUCAUGACGUAUCCCGAGGCCUUUGUCGAGAUGCCUGCUUCGGGCUUCUUUUCCGUCAUUUUCUUCUUCACCAUUAUGCUACUUGGCAUUAGCUCGUCCUUUGCUAUGCUGGAUGCAGUCAUGACGUUGAUCCUCGAUUCCCCAUUUGCCAGAAACUGGAGUCGCCCUUGGGUUGCCACCACCAUGGUCACAAUUUGCUUCCUCCUCUCGCUUCCUCACUGCACCCAGUUCGGUUACUUCUUUAUGGAUGGAAUUGACCGAUGGAUCAAUAAUAUUGGCCUCGUUUUCGUCGUUUGGGCGGAAUGUGUUGGUGCGACUACUCUAUAUCGAUUCGGGGAUGUUGUUGGUCAGGUCGGAAUGCCUUCAUUCGUCUUAUACAAUGUUGGUUUUCUGGGUGGUCAGCUACUGGGUAUCAUUGUCGGUCACGCUGCGACUGCUUGGGCUGGUGCCAUUGCUGGCUUCGGGCUCUAUUUUAUUUGCCUUGCUGCUUCACUGAUCUUUGCGAGAACACCAGACGCACACGGUGCACCGAGAUUACUAUCCAAGAACAAGCUGAUCUCCGUCCUUUACUACGUAGCCUUUUACUCGGGCAACCAGCUAAGACACGAUCUGAACUCAGUCAUCGGCAAUGGUAAAAACUGGUCCCUCCCAUUCCUCUGGGCACCAAUGCUACGAUACGUCUCGGGACCGAUCCUAGCCAUCAUCUUCAGCUUGGCCUACCCCAGCUUCGAGGAAGUCAAAAACGAUCCUCUAUACAUCCUUGGCUUCAUUGUCGCGCAUCUGUUACUUGUCUGGUGUGUGAUCGGUUUUGUCUUCCCCAGGUGGUUCAACAUAUUUAUUAUUCCUGAGCGUCGUGAUGACUGGAAACAACCGUAUGCUCCCAAUGUCCUUCGAGGGACAACUGAAGGCGAGGACGCGACCAAAGCAGAGACUGUAUAUGACACAGUCUUAUGGUUCCAAUCUGUUGUACUGGCAGUCUAA